UCCUGACGACUUCAAACGACACCGUUUUAAGUCCCCCCAAAUUUCAAUUCCCCAUCCCCAAUUGCAAUUCAAAGCCUCGGCGCUCUGCAACAAUUCCACAGUCGUCGACUAGCAGUUCGGCCGCUUCAAUCACUUCUUUGAAAGCCAACGUUGCGUAGAGAUAGAUCCAAAACUCAUUCCAGACAAUCCAGAAAAGAAAUUUAAGACAAAAAAAAAAAAAGCUGAUUUCCAUACCUAAUUCGCCUCAAUUUUUGCACAGGCAAGAACGCCUAUGCCUUAACAUUAUAGUAGCUACUCUUAAUUUGAUCAGCCCUAAUAUUGCAAUACCCAAUCCAAAUAUAUUAAACCUCAGGCGAGCCUGGCUACUGUGAACUGUACCUAGGCUCUCUACUUUAAUAUGUGUGUAUAGAUAUUUUGCACUCUGUCUCCAAAUCCCUAGCUGCAAACAAACACCCAGAAAAGAAAAAAAAAAUUGAAAUAUCCAUGCCAAAAUGCUCUCUAUACAACAUAUCAAUCCUCAAGAGACUCAGUCAUGUCAACAACUUCUAUGUUCUAUGUAAGUUCCCUUUCGACUCUGUGCAUUUUCACUUUUCUGUUCUUUCAAUUCCAUCCAAUGAAACUAUUGCAACUGAAUCCCAAAACAAUAAUGAACAGAAUAGAUAUGAUGAUAAUGAAAAUAGAAAUGAACCUGAGUCCCCUACAUUUGAUAAAAUCUUCAAGUCUGCCCCAAAAAUGGGUUCAUACAAGUUGGGUGAUUCAACUUUUUAUUCCCUCAUUGAAAAAUAUGCCACUUCCAGUGAUUUUAAGUCUUUGGAGAAGAUUUUGGAUCGUAUGAGACUUGAAAAUAGAGUCUUUACUGAGAAGAGUUUUAUUGUUAUGUUUAAGGCUUACGGGAAAGCUCAUUUACCUGAAAAGGCCAUUGAAUUAUUUGAUAGAAUGGGGAGUGAAUUUCAGUGUAAACGAACUGUAAAGUCAAUUAACUCAGUUCUUAAUGUUAUUAUUCAAGAGGGUCUUUAUACUCGUGCUUUGGAGUUCUAUAAUUAUGUUGUUGGUGGGAAAAAUAUGAAUAUAGCGCCUAAUGUGCUUAGUUUUAAUUUGGUUAUUAAGGCCAUAUGUAAGCUAGGAUUGGUCGAUAAUGCAAUUGAGGUGUUUAGAGAGAUGCCCGUUAGGAAUUGUAUACCUGAUGCUUACACUUAUUGUACAUUGAUGGAUGGGCUUUGCAAAGAGGGUAGGAUUGAUGAGGCGGUUUCAUUAUUAGAUGAGAUGCAGGUUGAGGGUUGUUUUCCUAACCCAGUUACAUUUAAUGUGUUGAUUAAUGGGUUAUGCAAGAAGGGUGAUCUGGCACGGGUGACAAAGCUUGUUGACAAUAUGUUUCUUAAAGGUUGUGUUCCUAAUGAAGUGACAUAUAACACGCUUAUUCAUGGUUUGUGUUUGAAGGGGAAAUUGGAUAAAGCACUUAGUCUUUUGGAUCGGAUGGUAAUGAGUAAAUGUGUGCCUAAUGAAGUUACAUAUGGGACAAUCAUUAAUGGGCUAGUUAAGCAAGGAAGAGUGCUUGAUGGGGCUCGCUUGUUAGUUUCGAUGGAAGAAAGAGGGUAUCAUCCGAAUGAGUAUGUUUAUUCUGUGCUGGUUAGUGGACUUUUUAAGGAGGGGAAGUGUCAAGAAGCAAUAAAAUUGUUCAAUGAAUCGAUAGAGAAAGGAUGUGAACUUAACACUGUUCUAUACAGUACUCUUAUAGAUGGUUUCUGUCGAGAAGGAAAGCCAGAGGAAGCAAUAAAAAUUCUUUCUGAUAUGGUGAAUAAGGGUUGUAAGCCGAAUGCUUUCACCUAUAGCUCCCUGAUGAGGGGAUUCUUUGAGACAGGUAAUAGCCGUAAAGCCAUUGAAGUAUGGAGAGUCAUGGUAAAGAAUAAUUUCCAGAACGAGGUUUCUUACAGUAUACUCAUUCAUGGGCUAUGUAAGGAUGGAAAUGUGAAGGAGGCUAUGGUGGUGUGGGCACAAAUGUUAGGGAAAGGAUGUAGGCCUGAUGUUGUGGCUUAUAGUUCAAUGAUUCAGGGCCUUUGCGAUGGUGGCUUAAUAGGAGAGGCUUUGAAACUUUAUAAUGAGAUGCUUUGUUUGGGACCUGAUUCUCAACCGGAUGUGGUCACAUAUAACAUACUUUUCAAUGCUUUAUGCAAGCAGAGUGGCAUCUCUCAUGCUGUUCAUCUACUAAAUAGGAUGCUAGAUCGGGAAUGUGAUCCUGACUUGGUUACCUGCAACAUAUUCUUGAGAAUGUUAAGAGAAAAACUAGACCCACCUCAAGAUGGGAGAGAGUUUCUUGAUGAGCUUGUUGUUCGCUUAUUAAAGAGACACAGAAUUUCAGGUGCCUCUAAGAUUGUAGAAGUCAUGUUGCAGAAGUUUUUACCACCAAAAGCCUCUACUUGGGCAAGAGUGGUUCAGGAGCUAUGUAAACCUAAGAAGAUUCAAGCAGUGAUUGACAAGUGUUGGAGCAAUCUAUAUUGUUGAUUCUUUAGUUGUUUAACUUGUUCUGUCGCUUGGAGCUGGUGGUGGGCUGUAACAGGACGUUUCCACACAAAAGGUUGGUGGAGUUGAAGAACAAGGUAUAACUAGGCAAAACUCUUGAUAUAGAUGAUUAUAACGAUGCAAGUGGAGAGUAAGUCUACAUUCAAGCCAGCAUGUGGUUGAUGGAAGUGUGAUGUAAGGAAGCAAAGAGUAAGCAGGAGAAGAUUGAAGUGAGACUAUAGUUCCUUAGGGCAGAUUCAAGAACUUCAUUCAACAAGGUCAUCAAUUGUUUAAGUGUGAGGCAAGAUUUAAUGGGUUGAUCUCCGACCCCCUUAAGGACAGGAUGGAAAUUCAUACUUUUUUAUAUUUUCAUAAUUGUGGAGGUUUAAUAGCUAAAUAUAGUGAUGUAUCCUCUUGCUAGAACUGAAAUAUUCCUAAGACAUUCUUAGAACUAGUUUGGCAUAAUGCUUCUUGCCAGCCUCGUGCUAAUGGACGGCAUUGGCCCUUAGGUGAGCUCUCUAAUGGUAAACUAGAG